GUCCACAAAUGAACAGUUUGAUUUGAAACUGCCCUAUGGCUAUGAACCACUCCUUCAGGAGACAGGUUGUACCAGAUGUAUAGUUCAAAACAAUUGGGUUCCACUCACUUUGAGGCCGAAUCCAAUUGAACCCAGGAUCACCUUUCUCCACCAAGCUCUCGUAUCAGCAUCAAUGGAAUCAUCUUUGAUUAGGACAAGAAGUGGGGGCUUUGUCUUAGGAGAAAACAAAGAGAUAGCUUCAAGGGCUAGAGAUUGAGAGAGGGUAUCGACAAACAGGAGCUUUGGUUCACAGUGGCUGCGUACGUAGGAGUAUGGAGAUUGUACGGGAGUCAAGGCGGGUGUUGAUGCUGUUGAGGAUAGCACCAGCCAUGGGAACAGCGAAAUGAAGCUCGUACGUGGCUGGGAUGUUGGGGGCUAAAAAGGGACGACGUGGCCCCUUUCGAUGCCGAUGGAUGAGAGGAAAGAUGCUAGCUGCAGACAUCGAUGGUGGUUCUCUAACCACGUGUAGGUAGCCUCUUUUAUAUAUAUAAAUUUUAGAAUAUAAAAUCAAUGGAAGAGAUUGGAAUGGACCCAUUUGCAGCCAAUCCUGGACCCUUUGAUCGUUCAGUACUGUAUGAUCAAGAAAAGCAUGUAUCUUCAGCUGUUUGGGAUGGCCAGGAGCGUGGUGCACUUAGAUGUCAUGAGCAUACAUCGAAGUUGGGUGAGUGGAGACUCACCCCUAAACAGAUAGAGUUGGUUGAGAAAGCAGGAUUUGGAUUCUUGAGGAAGAUACCUGCCAUUAGUUUAGAUAAUCCGCUCAUUUCAGCAUUAGUUGAGAGGUGGAGGAGAGAGACAAAUACAUUUCACUUCACUGUUGGAGAAAUGACUGUGACUCUUCAAGAUGUUGCCUUAUUGUUGGGAUUGGCAAUUGAUGGAAAUCCUGUGAUUGGAAUAACAUAUACCACUUGUGGCACAGUGUGUCAAAAUUAUCUAGGGAAAGCGCCAGAUUCUACUUAUGCGAGUGGUGGGAUGGUGAAGUUAAGUUGGUUGAAAGAGUUCUUUUCUCAGUGCCCCGAAGAUGCAUCAAUUGAAGAGAUUGAGCGUCACACACGUGCUUACCUUUUAUAUCUUGUGGGAAGCACUAUUUUUUCAACUACAACAGGGAAUAAGGUCCCUGUCAUGUACCUUCCAUUGUUUGAGAAUUUUGAUGACGCUGGGAGGUAUGCAUGGGGUGCAGCUGCAUUAGCAUUCUUGUAUAGGGCACUUGGAAAUGCCUCUGUUAAAUCUCAAAGCACCAUUUGUGGAUGUUUGACACUACUUCAGUGCUGGAGCUACUAUCAUCUAAAUAUUGGUCGACCAAAGCUCAACAGGGACCCUAUCCACGAUCAUUUCCCUUUUGUACUUAGGUGGAAGGGGAAGCAGAGUGGUCCAACAGCAAAUCGUGAUGUAGUUUUCUACCGUAAGGCACUUGACUCCCUAGAACCAAGUGAUGUAGAGUGGCUUCCUUACAAGUACAGUGAUAGUACAGUAAUCCCAGAGGAAAUUAGAAGUACUUUGGUUUGGGGAAGGUCCAAAACGAUGUUGAUCUGCUUUGACAAGGCAGAAAGACACCUCCCUAAUCGUGUCCUAAGGCAAUAUGGCAUGCUUCAACUGAUCCCAGAAAAUGUGGCACAAUGGGUAAGAAAGAGCCGUGGAGUUGAUGGUGGGGUGGACUUAUCUGGGAAAAUGGAAUCAGAACUUAAUGAAUGGGCAGAUCGUGCGCUCCAUAUUGUGGAAGGUGAUGAUGAUGGUGCAGAUGAAAACGAAUACAUGGGGUGGUACUUGAGAAUUACUCGUAAAGUUGUAGGGAGACCUAUUUCUCUCUCUUCAGAGUUUCAAAGAACAAUUGGUGGUGUACGAGAAAUUUCAUACUUAGCUGACACUUUCCCGUUGAAAGGACUACAGCCUGAGCAAUUUGAAUCAAUUUCCAGGAUUAGGUCUAUUGCACAAGAAUGCUUGAGAGACCAAGUUGGAGGUCCAAUUGUAGUGUCACCCAUUGUAGGAACUGAACUUGGGAAAAGGAAUAGAGGGAAGGAGAGGGUAAGAAGAAAGGGUACUGGGAAACGGAAGCGCGGUAAUGAUCCGUUGGAAGGCCAUGGAGCUAGUGAGGAUGAGUCUCAGUAUUGCGGCGUGGUUGUUGAGGUAGAUCAAUUACAUCUACAUCACGCAGAUGAUGAGGUAGAUCAUCUGCCACUCUGUACUACUGUUGUUGAGGGUGAAACCGCCAUGCUAUUGGAGGCACCUAAUAAAAUUGAUGACAUGCAACUUCAUGAUGCAACUGAUGGGAUAGAUGCCUCCCAGUUUUGUGAUGCAUGUAAUGAGGUUGACAACUCAAAUAUCCCUCAUGCUAUUAGUGAAAGUGAUUUGCAAACUGCCAAAGCAGCAGAGGAGGUUAUUCCACAGUCAUCUGAUCUACUUAAUGUGAUCGAUGAUACCAAUGAUUCAGUAAUUCAUAAUGCAAUUAACGAGCCCAAUGACUCACAAGUUUGUGACGCUACUAAUGGGGCCAAUGACCCCCAAACUCUGGUGGCUACCGAUGUUAAUGAAUCACAAACACAUGAUGCAACUGAUAAGGUCAGUGAGUCACAACCCUCUGAUGUUGCUGUUCAUAGUGAUCAGCAAACGGUAAAAGAGGAGGCAGAGAUUGUUCCACCGUUGUCUCAAGAAAGUACUGAGGAUCUUGCGCAGCAGGGUGAUACUAGUGUUAUAGCAUAAAAUGGAAGCAUUGUCAUGUGAUUUUCUGGAGCUAAUUCUCUGACAAUUGGCUAAAUGCGUUUGCCUAGAAAAAUAGAUACAUGUACAUAGCAUACAUAUACAUAAAAUUUUGGGUUUGUACCUUGCGUUCCUGUCUAGUACACUUGAAAUGAGAUUUUGAUUUUCUUUUUUGACAGGGUGCCAAAUAUGAACUGGUCUCAGCCUUCUAUUAGUGGCAAGGACGAUUGGUUGCUCUAGAAAGGAAAUUGAUCAUGUAAUGCCAAAUAGUUCAAAGUGUUGAGUCAGUUUCAAGGACAGUCUGUGACUUGUAGAAAUAGCUCUGAUUAACAGAAAUUAAAUGUAUUUUUCAUCAUAGAUGACGGGUUUUUAGGAUUGAUUUAUUCGGAAUUAGCAUGUUUACCUUUGCAAUUUUGCCAUCUUCCUGCUGCGUGGCAUGUUCAUUUUUGUUUCUAAGAAUAUUGUAUAGGAUGAUUACUAUUUCUUCCAUUGGUAUCAGCAUGGAUGAUCUUUUUUGAUGUGUUAGUAAUCUGUAAUU